AUUACUCUUACCAGUUACCUGCGGCGACUCCCUGAGAGUGAGGUUGAAGAUGAGAACAAACCGCUAAAGCUGCCAGGUGUACUAGCAUCAAUGACAGGAACAGUCAUGUACCCUGAUGAAGAGUCUGCAAAGUGGGAUGUAGAUGGUAUGUGUUAACCCUGUUAUCAAUAAGUAAAUUCUCCUAACUCGUCUCUAUACAUUUUCCUUGGUAGUGAAGAGGAGAGUUAGUGUAACAGUUAUGAAAAAAAGCUUUUUUGCUUGGGGAUCAUUCUCAUUCUCAUUCUUCUAUUUUGCAGUUCCUGCUCAAGAAAAGAUUUUAACAAACAUGCAGGUGAACUUUGGACCCCAGCAUCCAGCAGCUCAUGGUGUAUUGCGACUGGUUCUCGAACUUGAUGGCGAGGUAUUGUUCUUUUUUUCUUCUGAAUGUUUGAAGUUCUGAGCAAGCUUUAAAAUCAUUUGGGCAUUAGCACUAUCCAGCAGAUAAAAAUCUAUCCAGUGGAUAAUGCAAUUGGUUUCCCUAGUACUUAUCUGCUGGUUAGUGAUUUAUCUGGUGGAUAGCACUAUCCAACAUUGAACAACCCAGGCCUGGUUCUUAUUAGCAGAUGUUUACUGUAUUACAGUUCUCACUACAUGUAUGAGAUGAGUCUCUUUUACGAACCCACAAGCAUCAAACAAGAUUUUUUCAUUCAUAGUUUGGCUUUCAGUAAGAUGGUAAAACUGUUUGCUUUGCAUUGUGUGUAGGUUGUCAUUCGUGCAGACCCUCAUGUUGGACUCCUGCAUCGCGCUACUGAGAAGUUGAUUGAGUACAAGACAUAUCUACAGGUAUACAUAUCUACAGUUCUCAAGAUUGUACUCAGAGGUGCUAAACUUCAUACAAUCUUUACUUCUUUAAUAUAGACCCCUUUGUAAGGGUAUAUUUGGCCCAGUCACUUUGGUGCCCACAUCAAGGAGUUUUUUAUGUAAUGAUCAUUUUUUGCACAGGCCUUGAUUCCAAGGUUUAUUGUCCUUUAAUUUCCUGUGACCAAUUUUUUUCCAGUUUUGUAUCAAGGGGUUAGUUUUCAAUGCGUCCGUGGGGGUAUGAGAUUUUGUUAUAUCAACUGAAUUAGUAAGGUAGAUGGAUUUGUCCAUUGUAGGGAGAUAAAAAGGCUGAAAGUCAAGUGUUAGCCCUUUGUCAGGGUGAAGUUUCGUGUUAUAUUGCUUGUGUUUCUUUACAAAACAUCAAGUACUUGUAAUUUACUAAAGUUUAGGAGUAUGUUGCGUCUCAUUGUGCAAAAGCCAAGUUUAUAGAAAAAUGGAAUUUGUCCUUAAAAUGUCCUUGAAAAUAUAUAGUUUUUAGAUUUAUAUGAACCAUGAUUUAUUUGGAUGUAACCAAAAAAUGUUGCCACAUCUCUAUGAUAGAAAGUAUUCCUAAUACGUGCUGUUAAGGUCUCUGUUUUACAGAAAAAGGACUGUAAUAUUAAUUAGGGAGCUAAAGCAACAACAACGGCAAAAGCAGCAAAAAUGCCACUCAAGAGUGAAUUUUUGUUGUCUUAAACUUCAUCGCUCUUAUUCCAACUCCUUUAAUUUGACAAAUGUUGGCGAUUUUUCAGGAGUUGAAUUCUAAAGGACCAUAUGUAAGUUCGCAAAAACAAAAAGAAAAUUGUUGUCUUGUGUGCGCGUCCUCCAUAAAACGUGAAAUUAGGAAGAUUUGCGUGCUAGUCAUGCAGUGAUGGCAAAGAAAUAUACAAAAAAGCAUGAAGUUGUUGUAUUGCAAAAUAAUUAUUGUAUAGCUCCUUAUUAUGAUUGCUUCUGAGAUGUUGUAAUAAGAAGCUGGAGUCAAAGUGUGAUAUAUUUAACAAUUAUUCCUUGAGCCUGAAUGGGCUGUGAGUCGCGAAUGGGCUGUUGACUCAGAGGCCAUGAGGGCGAGAGGAAUAAUAAUUAUUUUAGUAAAAUCCAACUAGUUGGUCAAAAAAAUCAAGAAUAAAAAAUUUUUAGCUAGUUAAAGCUGGACUUUAAUCCUUUUUUGCCGCCAAAAAGCCCGCGCUUUUCGCUACUAGUGGGUUAUAACAUAUAGCCUAGUAGUAGCUCAACCAAUCAGAAUGCAGCAUUGAUAAUAGACCACUAGUUGGAUUUUACUAAAGAAAAUUAUAUCCCCAGUGCUAUGUGUCUCUGUUGUUUCAGGCCUUACCAUACUUUGACCGUCUGGAUUAUGUUUCUAUGAUGACAAAUGAACAGUGUUACUCUCUAGCCGUGGAGAGACUCUUGAAUAUCGAAAUUCCAGAAAGAGCCAAAUGGAUCAGAGGUGCGGUGAUGGAUUUCUUUUACAUUCUCGAGUACAUUCCCAUUGCUCCCCAAAGUAAAAUUUAGAAUUAAAUCCCAAUUUAUUUUGUAGAAUACUGAUCAACAAAAAAACCUUGAGUGAGUACUGUCAUGAGGUUUUGGUGGAAUGGUUCACCAUCGCAUUUCUCCCACAGAUUCAAAAGUUAGAACCACCUUGUACAGCAUUGAACAAACAGUACCACAGGAAUGUAAUGCUCAGUAGCUUCCAUUUGAAUGGUCACAUUUUGGGAUAAUUUUCAUCCACAGACUCAAAAGUAAGAAACACCUUGUACAGCAUAUUAAACAGUACCACAGGAAAGUACUACUCCGUAGCUUUUAUUUGAAUGGUUUCACCAUGUAACACUUCUCCCACAGACUCACAAGUGAGAACAACCUUUUUUAAUGGCACAAUGUUAUAAAAGGUACCACAAAAAAGUACUACUAAGUAACCAAUUAAACGGUCACAUUAUUAGGAUUUCAUAUUGCUGUAACAUACCAGGUAUUGUUGUAUUGCCACCUGGUUAGCUCAGCUGGGAGAGUGCCGGUCUGUUGAGAGGUAGGUCACGGGUUCGAACCACGGCCGAACCAACAGUCAGGGUCUUUAAAUAACUGAGAAGAAAGUAAUAAUAAUAAUAAUAAUAAUAAUAAUAAUUUUAUUUAUAUAGCGCUAAAAUCCAAUAAUUGUCCAAAGCGCUACCUAAUUACAAAAAAGAAUAUAAAAAAACAAAACAAAAACAAAAACAAAAAAAAAAUCUAAAUUAUAAAAUAUCUACAAUAUACAAUAUAAUUCAAAUAUAGCCUAAGUUAUCUACUAUAUAAAUCAAAAACAUCUUAAAAACAAAAGGAAUCUCAUAACCUAUAUGCUAACUUAAAAAUCUGUAGGUUCCUAAGAUGUACCGGUCUGGGUUCUGCUGGCCGGUGUAGUGCGGAUCAAUUGUGCCCUCAUGUACUGGAUCUGAAGCCAAGGUUCGGAUUAACCUCAUUACUGCUUGUUGCUCUACAAAACGAAGAGAUUGUAAAUUGUAAAUAUCUUAUUAUUCACUCCCCCUUGGGGCUUUUCAGGGAUAAUUUACAACUCUGGUCGGGGAAAUUUGCCAGACUGCUCAUGGUAAAGAGAUGAGUGUUGACGACCCCUAUGUAAGUGUGAAGUUGAGAUAGGCAAUCACACCGGAGACUACAUCUCCUACUCUUUAUGAAGAGUGUGUUGGUUCUUUAACCUGCCACAGAAUUUAUUGCAUGAUGAAGCAAGGCUUGUGAGAUGGGGCCUUAGGUUUAUCAUCCUUAUCUGAGAAGACAAGAAAGUCUAACCCUGUUGCAUAUGUCUUUACAGUAAAAAGGCAGCACUUUCUUCUCAGUUACUUAAAACCCUGAGUGUUGGUCCAGCCGGAGUUUGAACCUGCAGUCUGCCACUCAGCAGGCUUCUAAGCUCUUAUCCAAUUGAGCUUGAGAACGAGAUGGCGAUUCAUAAAUGUAAAUGUGAUUUUAUGGUGUGUUUCAAAGCAAAGAAAAGUCAAAACUGGACAAGAUUCAGUCGAUUCUGUGUUAAAAGACACCCCACUGGACAAGCUAGAACUAGUUUACCUUCAUUUCCAGCUUUCUUUAACCACCGGUUAACAGCUGGGACAACAUCAGGUUUGAAUGUUGAAGUAACUGUCUGUUCAAGUGAAGGAAAAUCACAAUGAAAUAAGGACCCGUUCAUAAACAAACUGUUUACAUGUAUUAAAUGGAGACAUGAAAUGACUCAUAUUUUGAACUGCUGAUAAAGAUAUAAGUGGCCUGCACUCCAGUUGGCUUGAUUAGCUUAAUGGAUGGAGCAUUGCGCCCAGUCAUCGCAAAGGUCAGGGUUCGAUUCCUGGUCAAGCCUGAAUUUUUUCAGGCAUUUUUUCAACAGCUCAGGUUGUUUAUUCAACUGUGAGGAUCAUUUCUACUUUCAUAAACGGUUUAUUGUAACAAACUGGCAUGGUGUCUAAGUAAAUAUCUUACCCUUUCCAUUUCAGCUGAGUCACAUGCGUCAUUCAACAUGUUGGUGACAAUCUUCUUGUCUGAUAAAAUGAUAAAAUUUAAGUAUUUUUCAGUAAACAAAUAAUGCCUUUCUUAUUUUGAUUGAAAUACAUGUAAUGGUUCUUAUGGAAGAAAAAUGUCUAUUAUUAUUAUCAUUAUUAUUGUUAUUAUUACAAAGAAGUGUGAUAACUUACAUUACAUUAUCUCAAGAAAAAAUUACAUUUAGAACUACAAUUAAAAAUGACAAAAACUUCCAGGUCAGUGAUAAUAUUAUUUUGUGUAUUUAUUACUGCAUGAACAGAUUACCAAAUAAAAAUACCUUUCAAGGAAGCAUUUUUCACCCAGGCUUGUGUUGCUGGUAUGGCUCUUGGGUUCAUGACAGCUUUUAGAAGGGCCUAGAAAUAAAUGUUAAUGGAACUUGAAUUUAGCCUUUUUAGAUCUUCAACAAAUCUGAAAACUUGUGGACAUCUCAUUAUUCAGGACAGUUUGCUUUGCUCCUGGGGAAAGAAAGCAGUGACUGUCAUAUUUUUACCUAAACUCAACCCGCUUACUAUGGGCGUCCUGUUAAUAGGGACACUUUCUUUGGCUCCUUGAGUGUCUUUAUUAACCUUUUAAACCCUAAGAUCAAAAUUUGAAUUCUCAUUUGUUGCCCCUACUGGCUACUCAUUUACUAUAGAAGUAGUGGGGAGAGGUUCAUGAAAUAUCAAGCAAAUUCAUCCUGUGUGAUCAUGUUCGCAAUUCUCAUGACCACUCUGUUUUACAAAGCAUUGAUAUUACAAGGAGAAAUUUGAAGCUGGUCACUCUUAGGGCUUAAAGGGCUAACAGGGUUUGACUGUAUUAUGUGCUAAUAAAAUAUUGCAACAGUAAGCUCUCUUCCUGUCCAUUAUAUUUCCUCUAAACCAUAUUAUUUUGUAUAUUAGACUUUUUUUAAUUACCCUUUUUCUCUACACUUAAAGAACAUUAUUUUUGUCUUACCUCAUCUGUUCCUCUUUUCUGCAUAUCUUUCAUUUCCCAUAAGGUGUAAUACAUUGUCUGUUGGGCAUGGUUUGGUUCAUCUGGUUUGUAACCAACUAGAAUAGAAACAUUAGGAAAUCAUAGAUAUUUCUUACUUACAAUUUUAACCUGUUUUUUAGUUUGAGAUACAAUUUUAACAUGCUCGCAGGUAGCUACACUAAUCCAUAUGCAUAGAUCAAAAAACCAAAUAGUUUCUUAGAUUGUCAUACACUGUACGUGCUAAUUUCAUUUUAAAUUUUUUUUUCUCAGUUAUAUCUUGGUCAAAGUUUGUGACAUUUUCAUUUUGUUCCAAUUGUGUACUCAUGCUUUCUUCCUUUUGAAGGGAUGUGGACAUUAUUUCUUACUGAGAAGUUCAAUAACAUCACUGCUAGUUGAACCUUAAAAUAGUCACACUUCGUCAUUGAUUAAAAUUCUUGGCAUGGCUGAUGAUUAGCCUGCACCACAGAGGAAACUAAACUCUGGUCAAGUCCAUCUGUGAAACAGCACCAAAAUCCUUGUUCUGGGCCCCACCUGUGUACCAGGAUUUGAGUAUGUGCCAUGAUUGGCCUGUUCAACAAGCCACUGUUGAUUUGCCAAUCAAGAUAUGAAAGGAAAUUAGAAACCCACUUCCAGGAAUUUGUUGUGUCAUUUGGGGGCCCAGAACUAGGAUCUUGGCGCUGCUUUGUAGAUGUUACUAACAGAGUUAAAUUAGAUCCCUGACGCAGGCUAGGACCCAUGGGUGCUUUCAGGAAGGGGGUCCAGAUCUCCAGGAUCAGCCACUGAUCAUAAGUGCCUGUCAUUAACUCAAGACACUUAUAUGAUUAUAAUGAGACUGCAUAAGAUCUCCACAGCAUGUUAAUGCUUACAUCCUAGCUCCACGGCCCAGUAAUGUUUAAAAGGUGGAUAAUGCUAUCCACUGGAUAAAUCUUUAUCCCGUGAAUAACGCAUUAUUGUUGUCCCUAAUACUUAUCCCCCCGUUUUGUGAUUUAUCCAGUGGAUAGCACUUAACAACCGGAGCCAGGUAAACUAGCCUUAAGGCUGAAUGAGAACAACUUGACUGACUGCGUAUUCAACCUAUCAAUAACUUACCAUCAUAAGGGUCCUGUCCAGGCUUUUCUUUUGCUUUUGGAAACCCUUUAGCUUCUCUCAACUGAAGACGCAAGAAUGAUCUGCAGAAAAAUUCAUAUAGGAAGAAGAAAUAAGGAAUCUUAAAAACACUGCUUUCCUCUCUGAAAAGUAUUAAUAAUUAACACUUUUCAGAGAGGAAAACGGAGUUCAUACACCAGGUUAAUUAUCUAAUUAUUAGUAGAUAAUUAACAUGGUGUAUGAACUCCAUAAAACUUUUACAAGUGGAAAUUACAAUUAUAUUACAGGGGAAGAUCCAGGAAUUUUUGAUUGGGGGGUCCAGAUCAUAGGAGAGUACCCAAAAAACAUUGCAUUUUUGAAUAUCCCUGGAAUUUAGUUUUAAAGUGGCAAAAUGCAAGGGCAUUUUAUUAAAAAAGUCAGCCAGUUAAAAAGUGAUAUACGAUCCUGUUGAUGUAAGAAUUUCAGUCUCAAAGAAGCAUCAGGUCUGAUAGGGAGGGUCCGAACCCCCCAGACCGUCCCCCUGAAUCCACCACUGUAUUAGUCGGAGUUUCACUAGCCUAGCGGCAUGGCAGGCAUUCUUCAGGGAAGACGAAGGGAAUUUGGGCACUAGAUCGACCACAAUUGCAAAGGAGACUGGAGAAGGGGAACAUUUGCAUGCUUCUACCAUGCCAGGAAUCUCCUUCUCCUUCCCUUUCAAAUGCCAGCCAUGCAGGCUGAGGUUCCACCGUGUAUGAUCAUAUACAAAGUACACUAUCAGGGUCUACCAUAAAGUUUAUCAUUAUGGACACCUGUAAGGCUGGGUUUCACUAGCGACUGAGUCAGAGUCAUAAUCGGAGCCGCAAAGAGUGCUUAUGACUUGGUGAAAAUCAAAAACUGGAGAUGUGAGCAGAGUCAUAAGCACGACAGAUUCGAUCGCAGUCGAAAGAAUCAGAACUAGUGAAAACCAGAUUAUUGGAGGCGGAAGGAUAAACCAAUCACCAUGCACAUUCCCAGUUUUUGUGAUUACUUUAGUUUGAUCAUCUGCCUCUGCUUACAACUCCAACAACCUAGUUUUCACUUGAUCAUAAGCAACGGAGUCAUCAGAACGCUGUUUUCACUAGAUGGUAACAUCUUGCGGCUCUGACUUUUUAUGACUCCGACUCUAUCGCAAGCGAGUGAUGAGUGAGGUCUUAUUUUUUCAUACAUCAAGUUUGCUUUGAGUAUCAAUGAUAAAUAUCAAAACCUGCCAAUCAAAGGGUAUACCGGAAUCUAGAAUGCUGGGAGAAGCACUUGUUGAGGAAUCCUACUGCUAUCUAUCAUCCCUUCCCCCCAGGCCCCCAAAAUCCCAGAUCCUCUUGCCCCUUCUCGCCCGGUGUUAAGUUUACUUUUUUUAUGUGCUUAGAGCAACAGGAUAGAUGCUGGCGUUCCCGAACUAAAUAUGAAGAUUUUUAAUAACAGAAAAAUUUGAACAUUCUACACCAGCAGUACCCUUCAAAAACACUAUUCUUGCAUACUCUAAACACUAUAUAAUGUUGCCACUUAUAAUAAUAAUAAUAAUAAUAAUUUUAUUUAUAUAGCGCUAAAAUCCAAUAAUUGGCCAAAGCGCUACCUAAUUACAAAAAAAACAAAAAAAUACAAAAGGAAUCUCAUAACCUAUAUGCUAACUUAAAUAAAAAAGUUUUAAGGGAUUGCUUAAAAGUUGCCACUGAAGCACAUUUCCUAAUCUCUAGAGGUAAAUCAUUCCACAAUUUAGGUCCUGCAAUAGAGAAAGCUCUGUCUCCAUAUGUUUUCAAAGUGCUGCCUUUGUAAUGACAUCUGCAAACGGUUAGACUUUCUAGUCUUCUCGGAUAAGGACGAAAAACCGUAGGUCCCCUCUCACAGCACUUACACUUAUCUGGUUCUUGAGGGACGUAAAAGAACCCACGCCACUAUUUGAAAAGAGCAGGGGACGUAGACUCCAGUGUUGUGGUCAACCUUCACUCAUCACAUCAUUCACAUCAUGGGUUGGGUGAGUACAGUAAGCUCACAAAUGGACUGAACUUACUGUUCACAUGUUACAAUAUGUGUUGUAAGCGGGGAUGUCUGUUGUCCUCUCAUCCUCAAGUCUUCAUUCAUUUCAUUCAUUCAACAAGUCAGUCUGGUGGGAGUGCAACGUUUUUGUAAAUGUAAACGCUUCCUUUUAUUUCAGAACUAAAACAAUGACAGGUUACUUGUGUAGAAAGUUGCUGAAUUUCCACCUUCUGAUUGGCUUGAUCUAAAAAAUUGUUGUUAUUAAAGUUUAAGUGCUUUGCACAUACCGGUGGUUAAUUUUGCUGCGCUUUUAAUUAACAACCAUGGUUUCUGUUUGCUUUUUUCAGUGUUGUUUGGUGAAAUCACCCGAAUACUGAACCACAUAAUGGGCGUCACCACACAUGCUCUUGAUGUGGGUGCCAUGACACCAUUUUUCUGGAUGUUUGAAGAGAGAGAAAAGGUAAUAACAUUUCUAUAUAACUCUACAGGCAGUAUCUGAUUAAACCCUAAUAUCAAAAUUGAGAUUCUCAUUUACUUUCCUUAUAAUUUUUCAAUAGAAGCAGUUUGGAGAAUUUGUUGAAAUAUCAGACUGAUCUUUCCUGAUCAUGGAUUCAAUUCUCAUGACCACUCUGUUUUCUAAAGCAUUGACAUUAUAAGAAGAAAUUUCAUUCUGAUCACUCUUAGCAUUUUGUACCACAUGGUACAUGUAUAGUAUCAGGUCAGGUAAAUUUUGGCUUCUCUCUCUGGUGGGUGGGAUAUGGGGCGGGGGGGAUACUCGACCAAUAUUUGGGCCAAAACCAUUCUAAAAGUAAACUGCUCGGGUAAAAAAGCCACGACAAGAAAAAACGUGUGCUCUCUCACGUGUGCCUGUUCUCUCUUUCACUCACUACAUCCAAGCGCCUGCUACGCAGGCUAAUUCCCAGACAUCCUCAAAGUUGGUCUGCAAAAAAAAAAGCUUGGCUGUGCCUUGUUUUUUCCCGCCACUUCUUCUUCUCCUCUGGAUCUCCGAUGAAAUACUGCCUCUUGCUGCUUUUGAUAUGUUACUUCACUAGCUCUUUUUCUCUUGUAUGUUAUGUUUGCUGCAGAUGAUGGAGUUUUAUGAAAGAGUUUCUGGUGCCCGCAUGCAUGCAGCUUAUGUCAGACCGGGUGGAGUGGCGUUGGUAAGUGUUAAGCAAACCUCCUGACUUUAUUUAUUGUUUCAACGAUGUGAACUUCAGCAGCUGCGAGUGACAUUUUGUAUCUCUUUUACGAUGCUUUUAAUCGUUUUUAAAUCUUUCCUUACAUUGUCACCUCAGCAUAUCAGUAAUUUAAUUACUAAGUAUUAGCAGGAGCUGAUUACUUCGGCUCCUGGUAUUAGGAAGCAAUCUGCCUAUUGGCUGCCAUCAAAAGGUGGAUCACUACCUUGUAAGAAGAAGCUGGCAUCCUUUACAGAUAGAUUUUUUUCCCGUCGCUGCUCCUGCACUGUAGAAUGCCUUACCCAUCUCUAAAUUAUUAUUAUCUCAUUUUUUAUUUUGGUAUUUGUUGUCUUCUUCAUUCAGGAUAUGCCACUCGGUUUGAUGGAUGAUAUUUAUGACUUUGUUUCAAAGUUCGCCCAGCGACUGGAUGAAGUUGAAGAGGUGUAGUAACGUUUUCAUACGGGACUCCCACAUGAAAGGGACCCGGGUGGUCGUCGUCUUGCUUAGGGGUGUAAAUUUCGGAUUUUGGUCUCACUUAGGGUGUUCUGGGCAAAACCCCAUUAUAUUUAGCCAUAAACGUCUCUUUUAGGUUUCAUGCGAAGAAUUUUAAAAAAAUUAUAUAUUUUCAAUUUGUUUUAUUUACUCGAUUUAAGUAAUCAAAGUUUAACAUGGUCUCUUUUAGGGGUGAAAAAAGAAAGGUUAGGCCACGCCCAGAUUGGUCUCCUUUGGGGGUUUAAUUCACAAUUUCAGACGAGCAUCCCCGCCUCUUUCAUAUGGGAGUCCCCCGCGCGUUUUGUAUUACUAACUUUAACAUCGUAGUAGGCAAAGCCAGCACAGUGGGACUCCAGGAGAAUAGGAGGUGGGAGGGAUGCGGGAGGCGGAAGUUCUAAAAGGACGGGAAUUGGGAAAAAUAGGGGAAACUGCUCAACAAUACUGUCUUAAUAUUUUGAAAUCGAAAAACGUAUCAAGGGAGGAAGCCAAGAAAAAGAGGGGCAAUAUGAAAAUUCAAGGUACGGAAGGCAGAAGGUUUGGACCCCCCCCCCCCUCCCUCCUUCAGAGUAUCAUACCCAUUGACCUUGACUGUGUACAACGUGACUCUCAGGUGAACUGCACAUUUAUUGGACAGCAUGCAUGAGGAAUAACGUCGACCUUUUUUGAACUGUUUGGUAAAGGUACAUUUGCAUUAACACUGUUAAAUGAAAAACCUGUCCAAUGAUCUUGGCCCGAUGGCCUGAUGCUUUGCAGUAAGGGAAGUAGUUAAUGGUCUUUGUACCGUUUGAUAAUGCAACUUUUACGGAAGUAACAUAAUAGAGACCAGCCUGCGGAAAGUUUUCAGUUUGGGGGAUAUUAUGUAAAGUCACGCGUGAGCUGCACGCAAAAGGAGGCGCAAGAGUAAGGAGUGCGUUUCCGCGAGGCUUGUUUCGAUCGCCACCAAAAAUGAAGGCUUUGCUCCCAGGCUAAGCGCAGGUUGAAAUAGAGACAAACGAGCAUACCAUUCAAGUGUAAACAGGGCAUUUUAAGAUUAUACCACAAUGGUGAGGGCAGCAAAAACAUCUCUCAAAAAAAAGAUAUCACGCAGGCAAAUUCUCUAACUCUAUAUUUUUGUUCAAAAACCCCAGUUAUCUUUUGAAAUUUAUUUUCAGAUGUUGACAAACAACAGAAUCUGGAAACAGCGAACAGUGGAUGUAGGCGUAGUCACCGCAGAAGAUGCUCUCAAUUACGGCUUCAGGUUGGCAACAGUUUUUUUUUUGUCUUUCAUUCAAAAUAUAUCUCCGUUUCUUAUGGCUUAAAUCUCCGUGCUUGUUCUUCAUAACCUGGUAGCGUUGACCAAAUUUCAAAGAUUCCAGACGUUAAAUCUCCGUGCUUGUUCUUCAUAACCUGCUAGCAUUGACCAAAUUUGAAAGAUCCCCCCCCCUCACCUUCCCGCACCUUGCAUUCCCUGUUUUCGACCCUUUCUCUUGACUUUCUCUCUUUAGCUCUUUUUCGUUUACAAAAUAUAAAACAUUCAUAAUUUGCCCCUAUCUCUCCCACUUCCCACCCUUCCCUCUUUGGCUUUCUGUACCCUUCUUGCCCCCCAUUCUCCCGAUCUCUCACUCCCUUUUCUCUUCAUCUCCCCCUGUUCUCCCGAUCUCCCACCUCCUAUCUCCUAAUCACUCGCCCCCUAUUCUCCCGAGCUUCCACCCUUUAUUCUCCCGAUCUCCCCCCACACCCUGUUCUGCGGAAGGGGAAAAGGGAUUUCAAAGAUUUGGCUUUUGAUUAAGUAAAUUGACCAUCUACUGGUGGUUUACAAGCUGAAGCUUUGAGCGUUAGCCCCUAACUUACCAAUGUUUAACAGGCACUAACACUAACAAACACUAACUGCUGGCUACAGCUGUUAGCUAUAUGUUGUGAAAAGCAACUCUGCGACUGACGUAUCAUUUGUCUUUUUUCGUGCCAGUGGAGUGAUGCUGCGUGGCUCCGGUAUCAAGUGGGAUUUGCGUAAAUCGCAGCCGUACGAUGCGUAUGACAAAGUGAAUUUUGACAUUCCCAUUGGCAAGAAUGGCGACUGUUACGACAGGUAAGGAUUGAAGGAAUUAUGUGACUGAAAUUUUUCCCUUUUUCAUCAAAAUCGACCCCGAGCUUAUUAAUAUUCUCUGCAUUCAUUCAUCGGUUCCAGCAGCUCAGGUUGUGGGAUGGUGCAAAGAGAUGUAUGUUAGCGGGAAAAUCAGUGAAGGGGUGGGGCAGGGGGUGAGAACGAAGGAACUCCUUCUAUCCCUCUUUCUUCUGCAAGAAAUCGCGGUCAAGUUUGUUUAUUCAAGACAACAGAAACUUGAUAACUUUUUAUCUUGAAGAAGAUAAUGGCAAAGUAUGGGUUGUUAGUUGGCAUUUGUGCACUCUUUACGGUCUUGAUUUGUUUAAUCAAGUUUCCCCGUGAUAUUUUUAGGUAUUUGAUCCGGAUGGAAGAAAUGCGACAGAGUCUGAAGAUUAUUGAGCAGGUCAGUGUGCAAAUGAAGCGUGAGAGCACAGACACCCAAUCUCAGAAUGUGAUCUUCCUUCUUAAUGUUGACAACAUAUUUGGUCCUUUUCAACGCGUGACUUAUCUAUGGAGCUAUUUUGUAGGCUUGUCUCUCCAGCCCCCUCCUCCACACCCAACUUACCCCUCCCCCACGCCUACUGCUCAUCCAAAAAAAUGUUACUUUUAUUAAGACCAAGCAUGGGUAUGAUGUCGAUAUGACUGGUACGUACCCUGGGUGUGACACAAUUAAUGUGACGCUCCCCCCACCUCCUUUGAAAAACCGUAGCUACUUUGAAUAGCCAAUUUUAUUCUAGUACCCGAGUGACAUUAAUUCACGAUACCUGACCUUGAAUGCUUUCCAAAACAACGCUUUUAUAAUGAACGCAGUGCCUUCUUCUUUGAUGCUAGUUUGUUUAGUUACUAACCUCUUCAAACAACGCUUCAUUUGUGUCUUUUAUAACAGUGUUUGAACAAGAUGCCCCCAGGUGAAAUUAAGGUGGACGAUGCCAAAAUCUCACCACCAAAGAGAGCUGAAAUGAAGGCAAGUUUCUCGUAUUUUGUACACAAACCUAUCUAGCCUGCGAACAAGCUUUCCAUUUGGGGGAUAUCGUAAAAAGUACACGCACAAGUGGCACGCGAGGAGAGCUUGCUCGCGAGCUAGAACCUAUUGAAAUAUACAACCCAAAAUGCGAAAAUUUAGUGGGCGCCCACGAUAUUUGUACCAUAAGGUUCUGAUCUGAGAAGCAGUCCUGGAACGUUUACCUUUUGGGAGAACAUUAAUUAAAUGCAAUUUUGAAGCUACCAUAGGUGUGGUUCCGUGCCGUCACUGAACGUCAGUUUUCGUUUGCUCUGAGAAGCGUAGUACAUACAGUGAAUAUAGGGAUUACACUAUUCUUUGAGUGGUCGCUUACAGGAGGUUAAAACAAUGGAAAAUUAUAAAACUGUUCCCCCAAUUCACGGUCGAGAGGUGGUCAUUUACGAGAGGUUUCAACGAUAUGACUUUGAGUGAAACAAUGUUGGCAUGUUUGGUGGGUGGUAGUCUGCUACACAGCCGUUUUUAGUGUCGUCACGCAACGCUCCUCCCCACAAGUAAUCGACCAAGCCUUUCGUCCCGGUCUUAUGUAAACGGCAGCAAAACUACAAAUUGGCACCCGUCUGAGUUCGUACCGGUCUCAUGUAAAUACCCCCUAACAACCUCUCGAUUUCCGAUUUUGAAUACAGGAGUCCAUGGAAGCUCUUAUCCACCAUUUCAAGCUCUACACCGAAGGGUAUCAAGUCCCUCCGGGAGCAACUUACACAGCAAUUGAAGCUCCUAAGGUGAGUUUUACAGCCAGAGAAGGCCGUUUAUAGACUUUCUCAAAGUCCAUUUCUUCUAUUGCGUUCAGUUUUAAAGGUCUCCGGUAUUACAAGGGUAUUUUAGAGACAUUUUUGCAGAGCGACUCACAAUAGUUGCUACCUGUUUAUAGUUAAUUACUUAUAUCGUGACUGUCAGUUUGCCGUUUUUUGUCCAUAGUUCCUCGGCUUUUUUUAGCCUUAGUAUCUUGCCUGCAUUUGUCUUUUCUAUGUCUAGUCAUUUAAACACUCAUUCAUUGUUUAAGAAAAGUUUAAAAGUUUCAUUUUUUAUAAAAGUAAUACCAAUUUUCUAAGAAAAACAACAACAAGCGUACUAAGGAAACUCGAUACCGACUACGAACCCUUUUACUUUUCAAUUUCAAGGGAGAGUUUGGCGUUUAUUUGGUGUCAGAUGGAACCAGCAGACCUUAUCGCUGCAAGAUCAAAGCUCCAGGCUUUGCACAUUUGGUGAGUUUUAUGUAGAUUCAUUUUAUACAUUUGGACUGUCCUCAAGAACGCACAGUGGCUGGUCACCUUGGCUUAAGGUGAUGUUACACGGGACGAUUCGCAACGACGAUUUUAAGCUCACCACAGCGUUGCAAUACUCAAACAAUGUUGUAACCAUUCGAAACCAUGUCACAACAAUGUUGCAAUGCUGUGUUGCGCAAAAAUCGUCGUUGCGAAUCGUCUCGUGUAACAUCACCUUAACACGCGCUGACAACCCGAUAAGCCAAUCAGUGUCUACGUAGUUUCACGUAGUCGGCAUCAUGCGCGGGAAAACGUUGGCGAGAAGGUCGCAGUUGAUGUGGGAAAUAUUUCUGAUUGGUUAAGAAAGUGGCAUGACAGUUUUUCAGCCAAACGCAUGCUGGGGCUCAUGAAAGCAAGACUUAGCGUUAGUCACGUGGGCGCGUGCACUCUUCUAGUCUAGUUUUUUGGAUACUGUAAAUUAGGUAUUCUCUGUAUGUUUAUUAUUAGUAGUAUUCAGGGAUUAUAAUUAUCAUUAUUCUCUACAGGGUGGUCUGAAUUUGGUUUCCCAAGGUCAUAUGCUUGCAGAUGUUGUUGCAAUUAUUGGUAAGUUUUUGCUAUCCCAUAAC